AUCCCACCCAUUAAAAAUUAAUCCAAUCGACGAUGGAGUUGUUGUUGUAAGGCGGGCUUAGUGGGUUUUCUAAUCGAUGAUUGGAUUCUCCCUCCUCGUUUAGCCAAUCACAGGUCUUGUUCUGCUGCUUCCUAGAGGGAUUUUAUCCAAUCACCUGUGUCCGUUUCUGGCCUUCUGCCGCUGAACUGCAGCGGGGUGAACGGAGAGGGAGAGGGAGAGCUGGCCAGGAAAACAGCGCGCACUGGUUUAUUCAUGUUUUGUUGCACUAAUGUACAUGGUUUCAGUUCAGAUGACUAAAAACAGCAAGCAUAGUAAAGUUGCCUGCUGACCCUGAUGCCGCCACAUGGAUCCAGGUGGAAGUGAUCUGGAGUCGAGUCUGCCUCAGACUGAGAACCCCUGCCUUAUCGUCGAAGACUCCCAGCCUGACAGUGUGGCCUUGGAGGACGACCCCGAUAGUAGUUACCGUGCCCUGCUCUCCCGCCGCCUCUCUAACCUCCAGCCCACCUCCCACAGCCCGGUGCUGGAACUGAUCGCUUCCCCUUCAAAAGGCAGAUGCACUGAAAGUGACAGCCGGACUGAAAAGUGUAACAGUGUAAUAGAGGCUGACCAUUUUCCGUCUAAUCUGUGUUCAGCAGCUGCAGAGCAUAGUCAAGUAUUUGAAGUUUGCUCCCUUCCUAAUUCAAAAAGGAACCAAGAGGACAUGGAGUCUGGAGCUGAUUCCACCACUCACUGUGCACAAACCGAAGAAGGAGUAUCUCAGUUUGGACUCCUGGAGCUGUCCGAGAGUCAGGGAUUAAAUGUCGAGGCACAAAAUAUAGAGAGUGGUGACGAGGACGUAGAGGUGACACCUGCCAACCUCCGGUCAGCAGACAGCCCGAAAACAACCAACCAAACUGGAUUGAAAAGCUCUUCUAGGGAAUCAGACAGUCAAGAUGACAGAUUUCGAAGGCCAGAGGUGAGCUCCAGCAGUGCCUUGGUGCCUCAGAGGAGAGAAGGCAGAGAGCUGAGUGUCCAGGACAUACUCCACUCUCGGGCCUCUGAGUCUGUAGAAGAUGAGGAUAUGGAUGUUAUGUCAUCCCAGGAUGAUAUGUUUGACGGAGAGAGGAAUGAGGCGGGAGCCUGCUCUUUGGGAAUGCAGUCCUGCAAGACAGUUCUAGGAGGCUCUAAGGUUGACAGCACAGUAGCAGAGCUUGAGAAUCAGCAGGAGCAGCAUCAGCAGGAUCCAACGUGCACUCCUGCUCACAGCCUCCGCCUGCUGCAUCUGUCUGGCCAACAAACACUGGUGCAGGAGAGCCUGUCACAGCAGUCUGUUGAUUUUGUGGCAGCCACCCAGGACAACGUAAGCCAAACACCACAUAUUGUCCCCAAUUCACCAACAGGACAGGAGAAUGAGCAAGAUUUUAACGAGGCUACAGCACCAGCAAAGGACACCUCUGGGACCCCAAAUGACCAAGCACAAAAAGGGCAGGAAGAACCAAUGGAUGUGGAUCCUGUCCCAAAGCCCACAGUGUCAAAUGUAGUGUCCCAGAAUUCCCCCAGUAUUGCCUUGGAGAAAAGCCUGUCCUUGCCAUCACAGCCUGAAUUUUCACAUGAUGUUUUUGUGCCUACGCCAUCCUUGGAAUCUGGGGUCUGCAGUCAAGGUCCAGAGGCUUUGAAGAAAAAGGAAGCACCUAAAGAAAGUCCAUCAACAAUCCUCGAAGCGGAAGCAUUCAAAAAACCUGCCGACUGCCAGCCUUCUCAAGUGGCUACGUGUUUUCAGUUGGAGCUGGACAGUGAAAAUAGUGUUUUUGAUAAGAAAACUCAAGUGUUCACUGUGGAUGAUGACAGUCAGGCCACACAGAUUGAAAUACAGGGGCCUAUAGGAGAGGAUGAGAGAGACUCUGUCCCUGUGCACCACAAUGAGAAAACUGACAAAAGCAGCAUGGAUUGUGGCCUUAAUAAAGCUGCUAAUUUACAAGGGAUUUCCCAGGAGCCUGAUCUGAAAACUACAGAAAAUGAAGAAUGUUCCUCUCAAAAGCCGUCCUUGCAGUCUUCAAAGGGGCAAAACGGGAAAAUAAAUGACAGCGUGGCUAAAUCUCAGGAGAUUCAGUGCACUUCAAACACUGUGGCCUCACAGCAGAUGGAUGAAGGGGGUUUGGGUAAAGAUCUGACCUUGAGUAGUUGCUCACAAAGCAAAGAACAGGCUGGGAAACCCACUAGCACAACCCCGGUUCCAUCUGAGUCUCAAUCCCAAUCCGUCAUAUUCUCUCACAAGAAUCCUCCAGGUGAAGAACAAGGAGUUGAACGUGACCAAAGACUGAGCCAACCCGUGUCUCAAAGUCACCGCCUCGAGAGUUUUAGCAACACUAAGGAUGUCGAUGAGGACAGAAUGGAUGAAGGAGAGGUACAGAGCACUAGCAGGACCGAAGGCUCUGGGUUCGGCCUAGCACUUUCUCAGAGCCAGGUCAAUUCUCCAGAGCCGAAGGCGGAGGAUGGCGGCGAAGUCGCCCAAUCUGCAGGCAGCAAGGACGAGGAGAGCCUCAGCGUCGUAGUCCUGGAGGAGAGCGAGAGAAUCUCCCAGGAGCAAGAACAUGUCGAGAAGUCACCGGUGUUCAGUUGUUCCUCACAGCCUGUCAAAGGAUCCCCGAAGGAGAAAUCUGGGCCUGACAGAAAAGUCACAGGCUCUCAGCCAAACAGCUCGGGCCAGAAUUUGCAGGUGGCCUCUAGAGCUGGUGCCAGUAAAGCACAGGCUAGUGAUGGAGCACCCAGUGGAGGAUCACAGGUCCUGAAUGUGGCCAACAAAAGCCUGAGUGACAGCUCUGGAGAUCUUCCAUUCCACUUCACGCUUCCCAGAGAAGGAGAGCUGAUAGGGCCUGCUGCGAGUGCUACUCCUCCACACGUCAGACAAUUAAAGAACACACCGCUCCACAGCACUCCUAUCGAAACAAGUACUUUCCGUGAGCGGACAGAGGCCGGCGUUACCAGGGAGACCACGAUGGCAGCCAGUGAGAUCUCAGUCGAGGAGAGUGGAGAAGGAGAGGAACUGGCAGCUCAGGGGGAUGAUGGGAAACUGAGUCUUAGAAUGAAGGUGGUGACCCCUGUAGAAGAGGGCAGCUCAGGGUCUGAGCGUUUCAGUCUACAAAAACCGUCCUUAUCAGAUGAGGAAGGCUCCGUUACCAAGGCUACUGCUGUUUCCAAGGCUGUUACCAGCCCUCAAUCCAUCUUCACUCGGGUUCGUGAAGUUCACAGGCAGCUACAGGUGGAGGGAGAAGAGAUGGAGCCCAGCGAUCUGUCACUCAGACGUCUAAGCCAAACCGCCCUCCCGAGCAGCGAGAGCCCUGAUCUGUCUCCCGAGGCAGUAGGUAAUGGUACACCAGAGCAGUUAUUACAGCAGACCAACGGCACUGUCAUGCACUCAGAACCUCUGGCUGAGGUGCAGUCCUCCACAGCUAAAGAACAUGAAGCUCCCAGCACUUCUGGACAGGCACCUCGCAAGUCACUCCCAGGCCAGAGAGCUAUGUCUCAGCAAACCAGCGUGGGCUUGUCCUCAGCAGCAAGUCCUCUAAGCAAAAGAGCAGCAUCCCAGCAGACCAGCUUUGAUGCCUCAGGACCACAGCUCCCAUCAGGCAGGGGGGAGCCAGUCACUCCAACCCGCUCACAGUCAGGCCCUUCUCACCGCAGACACGUCCGUACCAUUCAAGAAGUGCGCACUACUAUCACUCGCAUUAUCACUGACGUGUACUACGAAGAUGGCAGGGAGGUGGACCGUAAGGUCGUUGAGGAGUCUGAUGAGCCAGUGGUGGACCGCUGCGUCAUGGACAGCGAUGUCUCCCCUUCGCGUACAGGAAGCUCCAUGACCUCAGGAGACCUGGCUGAUGUGAGCUCGCUUUCGUCCAAGACUGCAUCCCACUUCAGCUCCAGCGGGACCAGCAGCGGAGGUCCAGCUCCCAGCAGGAUCGCUGACUUUGUCAUGCCUCCCAGCCGUGGAGCAAAGACCGGCAGCCCCAGGCGAGGGGGUAGACAGGCAGUGGGGUUAGAGCUAACAGGCGUUUGGGGUUCUCCGUUCACUGCCCCGCUGACCCCUCGAGGCCACGGGCGUCGAGGAAGACCCCCCUCACGUGGUCCACUGUCCAGAGGUGGAAGGUCAGCCCAGAGAGGAGGAGGUGCUCAUGGCCCGGCCGUGUCUUCGUCUGAAGAUGAGCACCUGGCUCGUACAAACGCACGUGUCCCCUCAGGCCGUUUGGACACACUGAACACCAUGUCCCCUGAGAACAGUGCAGGGAGCAGUAGCUUCAUCGGGCUGCGUGUGAUGGCCAAGUGGUCGUCCAAUUCAUUUUUCUACUCGGGGACCAUCACUCGGGACCUGGGAGAGAACCGCUUCCGGCUACUGUUCGACGACAAUCAGGAGUGUGAGGCCCAGGGGAAGGACAUCCUGCUGUGUGAUCCCAUUCCGCUGGAGACAGAGGUCACGGCGCUGACUGAGGAGGAGUACUUUAACACUGGUAUAGUGAAGGCAUAUAAACGUCAAGGUGCUGAGUUGCUGUACUGCGUAGAGAAAGAUGGCCAGAGCACAUGGUACAGCAGGACUGCAGUGAUUCUCACUUUGGAUCAGGGCAACCGCCUGAGGGAACACUAUGGCCUCGGGCCUUACGAGCCCUCCACUCCUCAGAACAUGGCAUCUGAUAUCAGCCUCGACAACCUUGUAGAAGGAAAGCGGAGGCGUCGAGGAAACGGGAAUGGGCCUGGUACGCCAAGCAGCAGCUCCACAAACAGCCCACGAACCCCAGCGAAAAGGAAACUUACGAGCUCCACGGAGGACGAGAGGACACCGGCAAAGAGAGGACGCAGAGGGGGUGGGGCCAGAUCGGGUUUGAGAAUGGCUCCAUGUGACACCUCUGGGAGUGGAGCUGAGAUGCCUUCUGACACCAAUGACCUACUGGUGAGCCACGGCCCUCUUCCUGAGAGCACGUCUCUCUUCAUGGGCUUUGUCUUCAUGUUAACUGCAUCCUCUGACAACGACAGGAAGCCCAACCAGACUACCAGCGAUGCAGAGGAAGAAUACGUGCCGACGGCUCCAUAUAACAAGCAGUACACCGAGAGGCAGUUAGAGGCUGGUGGAGGAAUGAUCCUUCCUGAAUUUAAUGAAGAACAGUGUAAAGCAGCGUAUCAGAGCCUGUUGAUCGCAGAUAAGCAUUGCCGCACGCAGACAUACCUGCUGUGUGUGGCAGGUGGAGUUCCCUGUGUCUCUCAGAUCUGGGUGCGAGACUGCUGUCAAGAGAAGAAGCUGAUGAACUACAGGAACUACCUGCUUCCUGCUGGAGUCGGGCCUGAGAAACGAAUCGUAGAAUGGCAUACACGCUGUAACCCUUUCAAAGCUCUGAAGGUCCUGCUGGUUUCAGAAGAACGUGUGGAUUUGUGGACUUCGUUGCUCACCAUGUGUGGAGCUGCAAAGGUCCAGCAACAUAAACUAAGCAGCAACAGUUCUGAUAUUUUAGCAGAGGGGUUGGACCUGGUGGUGUCUGCGUGUCCUGCAGAGGUGCUGAAGUGUGUGACUGCCCUGAACACUCCCGUGGUGUCUCUGGAGUGGCUGGUUCAGUGUGUGAUCUGUGGAGAACGUCUGGCCUAUGACAGUCAGCCUGAAUAUCAUCAUGAUUACUCUUCUUCUUAGGCUUGGUCUCUUCUGUAUUUUUUUUAAACAUCCUGUACUGUUUUAGCACCUGCCUGCUUUUACUGUAUAUAGUUUUAAAACUGUUUUUGGCAUAAUAAACUGUGUGUCUCCUUUUUUUUCCCC